CUAGGCUCUAGCACGCACCCAAAAACAAUGGGAAAGCACACCAAAGUCCCCCUCAGCUCAAUCAAGGCGCUGACCUUCCACGCCGGGCGGAAGAGCACGGCGCGGCGAACGAAGCCGGAGCCGCAGCUCACAUGCGUCGCUGGCCCAUGCCGCUACGCGCCCGACGUGGUGCAGUGCGUCAACACGGGCGACGACGGCACCGGCCCGCAGUGGAAGUGCGAGGCGGACCUGGUUGACGGGGUCAAGUUUGGGCCGCUCGAGGUCGUGUGUGAGGGGUGGAGUCGGGCCGGGGACACGAACGUGUUGGCGGGCUCCUGUGGCCUCGAGUACGAGCUCGUCGGCGCGCCGCGAUACCCCGGCGCAAAGGUGUACCACUCGCGCGAGGCCACCAAACCCGGCUACACCGGCGUGGACUACUUCCUCUUCGGGGUCUACGCCGCCGUGGGCUUCUGGCUCGUGCGCAAGCUGCUCCGGAGCUUCGGUGGCAGCUCUGGGCCGGCGCGGCGCCCGCCAGGCGGAGGAGGGGGGAGCUGGUUCCCGCCGUGGGGCGGAGGGUGGGGCGGCGGCGGCGGAGGAGGAGGCGGUGGUGGCCCGUCGUCAUGGGGCACCCCGCCCCCGCCGUACCAGCGCUACCCGAAGCCCACCGACCCGUCGUCGUCGUCAAACUCCGGCCCAGGCUUCUGGAGCGGCGUGGCAGCCGGCGCGGCGGGCGCAGGCGUGUACAACUGGGCGACGCGCCCCGCUGCCCCGCCGCAGCCGCAGGAGCCGCCGAUCGCGCGCGCGACGUACAACCCGCCGCCGACGCAAGGCGCUACGACGGCGCGGUACGAUGCGCAGGAUGCGCCGGGGCCGUCGCGCCGCGCGACGGGGUACGGCGGGACGCGGACGCGCUGAGUCGCGCCGAGAUAUAGAUUGCUUCCAGAGAUGAUCAUGUAGCUUCCUUUCCUUAUCGUG